AUGUUUUCUGCCAGUGUCCGUCGUUCUCUGUCCCGAGCAACGUUCCGUGCGUCGCACGGCGUACGCACAACCCCGAGUGUACGCGGAAUGGCCGAUCUUCCCUACCACAUUGUCGUAGGCAUGCCCGCCUUAUCUCCCACCAUGGAGACCGGUGCUCUCGCCGAAUGGUACGUCGCGGAAGGCGAUUUCUUCAUUGCCGGUGACUCGGUCGCCAAGAUUGAAACCGACAAGGCGUCCAUCGACUUUGAAGCACAGGAUGACGGAUACGUCGCGAAACUCCUGCAACCGGCGGGCGACGGGACCGAUAUAUCCGUCAAUACCCCCAUUAUGAUCACCGUCGAAGAAGAAGGCGACGUGGCCGCCUUUCAAGACUACGUCGCCCCGGAAGCCGCUCCGACACCGGCUGCGGCCGAACCCGAAGUCGUUUCCGCCCCGACGCCGGCGGCCGCCCCCACUCCGGAACCCAUCGUCCAAGCCCAGCGAGAAGCGGUCGUGGCACCUCCGACUCCCGCACCGACGUCGACGCCACCGCAUCCGCCCCCCGUCGCCACACCGACGUCGUCCGCAGAUACCGUCACUCCGGCCUGGGGCUUUGCCGCGGCCACCGCAUCCCCCCUCGCCAAGUCCUUGGCGGCCCAACAAAAGGCUUACCUGGAGAUGUUUGGGACCACCGGACAACGACCGUUGUUGUAA